AUGGGCGAGCACUUGCCACCACUGAUACCGCGAGUUUUCGUAGAAGUAGAGCCUACAAGUGAGAUGCUUCCGUCAGUCACAGGGGCACAACAUUCCUUAUGCCAGAUGUUGACUUAUGCCACUUCUUGCCUCCCAGUUGCCCUCCCCAUCAACGCUGAUGAUGAUGAUGACAAGAUCGUGGGAGGCUACACCUGUGCACCCAACUCUGUCCCCUAUCAGGUCUCCCUGAAUGCUGGGUAUCACUUCUGUGGAGGUUCCCUCAUCAGCAGCCAGUGGGUCGUGUCAGCUGCUCACUGCUACAAAUCUCGCAUCCAAGUGCAGCUGGGGAAACAUAACCUGGAACUCACAGAAUCGACAGAGCAGUUCAUUAAUUCAGCUAAAGUCAUCCGCCACCCUGGCUACAGCUCCAUGACACUGGACAAUGACAUCAUGCUCAUCAAGCUUGACGUACCAGCCCAGCUCAACCGAGCUGUCCAAACGGUUCCUCUGCCUACCAGCUGUGUGGCCACAGGCACCACAUGCCUAAUCUCUGGCUGGGGCAACACACUCAGCAAUGGCAUCACCCAUGUGCUGCAGUUCUGUCUAAACUUGGCUGCAGUUCUG